CUGGACCUGCACUGACUCAAGGUUGCUAUGGCCAUGUCUAUGUUGCUGCUUGGUUUUGCACAUGUUAUUCUAGUUGUUCUACUUAUCCAUGUAGGUGGAUGUUUGCUGGUGGAACCACUCAUCUGUGACUCAAGUUGUUCUGGAAUUCCAACUGCUGAUUUCUCCAGUGAGACAGGUGUGAGAUACACUUACAGGUACAGUACAGCUAUCACCACCACCCUUCAUGGCUCAAACAUUGGCAGGGAUGGACUGACUCUGGACUGCCUGGUGGAUAUUGAAGUGAUCUCCAAGUGUCACCUAAUGAUGCAGAUCAGGAAUUCACAGAUAAAGCAUCUGUCACCUCAGAGGGAACACUCUGUCCUGCAUUUAAAACGUUUGAGGGAGUCACUGGAGAGAACAAGCCUCAAGUUCUCCCUCCAGGGGGGAAAGGUCACAGCCCUCUGUCUCCAGGAGGGGGAGCAGGUGUGGGCUCUCAACAUUAAAAGGGGCCUACUGAGCAUGCUCCAGACCUCCACCAUAGUCACCAAAUUAAAAGAAGAAACAGAGACUGAUGUUCAUGGAACAUGCACCAGCAGAUAUGAGAGGCGAGGACCUACACUGCUGAAGAGCAGACGUCUUAAACAGUGCCAACAAUCCAGGUUGGCUAAUUUCUGGCCUCAUUCAGUUGCUCUAACUGAAGACACUAUGCUGCAGAUGGAACUACACUGUGUUCAGCGCCCUGGGAAGACAAUGAUAGAAGAAGUUAAUUGUACCGAGGUUGUAUCAUUGGCGACUUCUGUGAGGACUUCAGAACCUGUGAAGACCAAGAGUGUGUCAAUGCUGCUCCUGCUCAAAGCCCAGUCAGUAACGUCUUUAGGAGCAGAGUCCCUGAGUCCUGGUGUGCUCACUGACCUGCAGUUUGAGGAUGAUAGGACUUCAAGGCUGCGGAAAACCAGGCCGACAACUCCACAGAAAGUUGGCCAGACUGUCACGUUGUUAUGCAGCGUUGCCUCAGAUCCACAGCUGGUUUCUCAAGAGUUCCUGCAGCUGGUGUUCCAGCUUAAAGAUAUGACUCUCCCUCAACUGAAGACACUUUGGCAAGAAGCGUCUUAUAAGUGCAAAAAUGACUGGCAGCCACUACUCGAUGCAUUACCAGCAUGUGGAUCUGAAAACUGUAUUUUACUGCUGACUGACCUGAUCAUGAAUAAUGAACUGGAGGAGGGGCAGGUUAACUCUUUCCUUACUGCAAUGGCCUUCAUCCCACAACCAUCACCUCAGAUCAUUGGAUCCAUCAAUGGUUUAUUGGGGAGCCCACAGUUCCGGGCCAAGGCAAUGCUGGCUGGAUCAUCUCUGAUAUAUCAGUUGUGCCAAAGGUUUCACACUUCCUGUGGUGAAACACCUCAGGUACAGUCUUUCAUGCGGACGCUGCAGGAAACCCUGAGUGAAGGCUGUGAGGAAAAGGAACCCUAUCAAGUCAGAGAGCUUUUCUAUGCACUGAAAUCCGUUGGAAACAGUGGUUUGUCUGCAGCUGCCCUUAUUCCUCUGUUGAAUCGCUGCAUGCUGGGCCACAAAGCUGAGCUGCAGCUCCGACUCGCUGCCACCCAAGCUUUCAGACGCUUUCCCUGCUCAGCUGAUCGGUCUGUGCUGUUGCAGCUGUACAGAUCUUCCCAGGAGGAUCCUGAGGUCAGGAUCGCUGCAUACCAGCAGCUCAUUCUCUGCCCUGACCAGAAAGUGUUUGAAGUGGUGAAGAUGACGCUGAGGAACGAGACAUCCAGCCAAGUGGGCUCAUUUGUUUGGAGUCAUCUCACCGGCAUCCUGCGGAGUGAGGACCCCAUGAAGCAGACCUUAAUUGAAUUACUGCCUGAUGACAUUAUAAGCAGAGAUUUUGAAGCUGAGUUUUGGAAAUAUUCCUCCUAUUCAGAUCAUACCUUUGUUUCAGGCUUUGGAAUAAAAAACGUAGAAACAUCCAUGAUAUUCUCUCCAAAGUCCUUUCUGCCCAGAUCUGUCUCGGCCAAUUUGACAAUCUAUUUACACGGAAGAGCACACAACCUUCUGGAGAUCAAUCUACACAUGGAAAACUUUGAGCCACUUUUGAGGAGUGCUUUUGGUCACAAGAGAGACAGUGAACCGGAUGGUAAAAACACAAAACAAGAGACGGGAAGGAGUAGAAGAAGAGCAGACGAGGGAAACAGAAGAGAGAAAGAAACGUGUUUGUCCAAGACCGACAGUUUCCUGAACCAGGCCAGGAGCAUGUUGUUUGGAAGAAGGAAAGCAGAUGAGGAAAGGCCAAGGUGUUGGGUGGGUCUAAAGAUCUUUGGCAAUGAGCUCAGUGUGUUCACAUGUGACGACAUCUACGACCAGGUCCACCGGAUGUCCCUCAACAUGGCUGGGCUGGCUGUGAAACUGCUCAAGGGUCAUGAGGUUCAGCUGAGCCACACGGGGGUGCUGAUGACUGAGGAGCUGGUUCUGCCCUCUCUGUCUGGUGUCCCCAUCAAACUGGACGUCAAUAUGACCUCUCUUCUUUCACUGCACCUGAAAGGCAGCUUUAACUACAGGGAUAGUUCUCACUUCUCCCUGAACGGAUAUAUCCGCCCCAAUGCUUAUGUGGACUUGUCAGCCAGGAUGGGGAUUAAUGGUGUUUUGGGUCAGGCUGCGGUUGAAUGGCUUGCUGAGCUCAAGAGCUCCCCCAGUCUGGAUGGGAGCUUCCAGCUGCAAGAGGGGCGGGACAUCCGGGUCACUCUGAACACACCACAGGACAUAUUAGACAUCAUCUCUCUCAGCUCCAGAGUAUUUCAGCUCAGCGGAGGCCACAAAGAGGAGAUUAAGGGACCAAAGAGUCAGAUCCACAAGACCGCCUGCACACCAAAAAGCUGGUCUAAAAUGAUUGGCUGGCAGCUGUGCUCCAAUGUCUCCUACCCAUCACUUGCCUCUGGCAUUACCUUCCCCCCUACUGGACCGGUCCAUCUCUCACUCAGGCUGCUGAAGCUGGACAAGGGCCUCUAUUACUAUCUGCUGGAGGCUGCAUACUCAUUACAUUAUAAGAGGGGUACCUGGCUUCCCAGAGAGGCCUCCUUCCACCUGCUACUCGCCACACCUCAGUCCUCCAUUCCCAGGGAUAUGUCUCUGGACCUGGCCUUCAGCUCCCAUAGAGUGCUGCUAAGAAUCAAACAUCCACUGAAAGCCAUCCUCUUACAGGGACAACUUGUACAAGAGAGGACUAUAAAGUCAGGGAAGCUAGAACUUGUAAUUGACAGUGUUUAUUAUUAUAUCAUGGGUAUGGUGGACAGCACCAGCCUUCAAUCUGAGCAGAGAACACACUACCACCUGGAAGCUAAGACAGCCACUGAUGAACACCCCAUAAUUCUGUCUGCUAACGUUACUCGUGGACUGGGCAGGAAGAGCAGCUUCUCUGCUACUCUGAAGAACAUCUUCAGAGAAACUGCUUCACUCUCAGUGGCUGUGGAGCGGAAGCGGGACCUCAGCAGCAGUCUGUACUCUUUAGAGGCGGAGCUCUUCUUACCUGGACUAGUGGGCACCAGGAUGCUGGGACUGAUGGAACAGAAGGGGGCCGUGUGGAGCUCUCUUCUUAGGGUCAAAUAUGGUCUGAGAGGGGAAUCCCGGAACCUGCAUCAGGAGUGCUACACAUCUCAGAGACUAAGGAGAGGGAGCGACUCAAACCACACGAACAUCCUGAGAGCUGAUCAUGAAUUCUACUGCAGUAACACAGCAUCUAUCAACCACAAGAUCCACAUCAGGCAUGAAGAGAGCCCGAACCACAUUAAAUCAGUCCUGGACAUGAGCUAUGGGAAACACUGGGAUGAGAUCAACAACAGGCAUACACUUCUCCUCAGUCAGUCCUUCAAAAACCAGACCACACAAAACCACACCAGUUACAUGUUGGAGUUUAAUCUCCAGCUGCCAGAGAAGAAUUUAAACUACAGGACUCAGCUGAUGCACUCUCACCUGAUGCAGCAUGGCUCUGAGACCAGCACUCACUUAAAAAUCAAUUACAACAACCUGAUGCCUCUGGUGGCUGGAUUACACUGGAAAAGCCCUCCCAAAAAUUCUCCUCAUAAAAAAUGGGAAGGCACAUUCAACAUGGACACACCAGGGCUGUACAUUUACACCACCCAUAAGCUGAGCCAGCCGCACUGCCACACCCUGCACCUCACCUCGGUUCUGACAGCCAGCAAGUGGCUGACGGUCCGUAAUCUGGUCCUGGAUGGUUUCUACAAGGACAGGAGCAGAGAGAAGGAAGCCCGUCUGGAGGUCUACACACCAGCUGCUACCUACAUCCAAGCGGAGGUUUGGGGUGUGAUGGGGAAGCAGGCUGUAAAGGCCCAUGGCUCCUUGGGUUCACUUUGGACUCCUCCUCUGAAAGUCAACAUCUCUCUGGAGACCUCUAAAUCCAACCACUCCUUGCUGAUGAGCGCCACAUAUGGCAAGCAAAACGUCAGCUUUGCUUCUGCAGUGAGCUGUGCUGAUAAGAAGAGGCAUGUAACUGUAAAGAUCAGCUUUUCCAAGUCCAAGAGUCCGACCAUGGAAGUGGAGUUAGAGGGAGUGGUGGAGGAGCUGAGGAGGGACAGGAAGAUGUAUCAGAAAGCAGCCCUGCUCCAGUUUAGACAGCCCUUCCAAACCUUUCCUCAGACUCUUCUCCUGCGGGAGACCUUCACUAUAGACCUCAUUAAAGGCCUUUACAUAUUGAAGUCUAAAGCUGGUGUCCAUGACAACAAAGAGGUCAUCCACACCCUGACUGUCAGCUACAAGCCCCCAAGCCCAUUUGUUUGUUCUGCACUCAUCCAUACAUUCAGCUCUGACACUUUUCCAUCAGACUCAGAAGUAUGUGUGACUGUCACCAGCAACCAGACACACAGACAAGUUCGAGGGAAGCUAUUGGUUAACAGUGAAGAGAAACUGAACUUCCUUGGGCAGAUUCACCUGAGUCCCUCGAAUUCAAAUCAACAGGAAAUAAAAAUGAAAGCCAACUUCAUUCAUGAGCUACAGCUGCAGCUGCCCUCCUCUGCUGUGGUGGAGGGAGACUUACAUUGGAUCGCUAAACACAACAACGAUUUUCACUACCAGGCCAGAGGAAAGCUGAGAGUAGAGCGACAGGAGUGCAAAGUGACUCUUUCAGUACAGGUGAACCGAACAUCAGGAAGAAUCAGUCUCCAUUCCUCUCUCACUCAUCCCUUCAAAUCAAAGAUUCCCAAAAAGCUAGAGGUGAAAGCUGCUGUAGACACGUCAGUGUCUGGCAAAGGAAGCAGUUCAUUGCUUGUGGGAGCUAAUGAGAAAAACAGGGUGACUCUGAAUGGCCAGAUGUCCCACCGGCUCCACAAUCGAGACAAAGCAGUGAGACUGAACCUGAAUCUAUCCCAGAGCCUCUUUCCAACAGCUACUUACCUGCAGCUAAACAUGGCAGCCAACAUGUCAGCCGGCAGAGUGUCUCUGCAUGGCUCCUUCACACAGGGACAGGAGGCCUUGCUGGCCCAGGUCAAAGGGUCUCGAAAAAUCUCCCAAGGUCUCCAGCUGGCUUUGUUGGGGAACGUUCGCCAUUCAAUGUCCAUUUUGGAAGUUCUGCCCCCAAGCCUGGAUAUUGAUGGAGUGUUAGAGCACUCUGAUACUUUAACAAAAGGACAUCUGAGAGUUCAUGUGAUGGAGACUGUGCACAGCAUAGAGCUGAGACAUCAGCUGCAUGCUGCAGAAAGUCUGGUCAAAGAAGAAGGACUGAUGGGAGAUAAUUCCCAGCAGACACAGAACUGGCUUUGUGUUUGUUCCGGACUCCAGAAUCUGUGUGUGAAUGCCAGCCGGCACCUGGAGAACCAGGGAAAUGGAGAGAUCCAUGUUCAGCUAUCCCACUCUUUCCAUCUCCUCAACACCACAGGUGUGCCUGCUGACAGCAGUGCUAAGGUGAAGUGGACCCGGGAUGAGGUUGGACUGUCAGUCCUUGCAGAGCUGCUGGCUGGGACUGAGCAUGUCAAAGCAGAGUUUCACAGAGACAAGAUAGACCUGAGAUGGCAGUACUUCUCCAGGUUACAGCAUCAAGUCAAAGCUCUGCAAAAACGAGGCCUGGCAAGCUCAUUCCAAGCCACUGCACAUUACCAGUUAGAAACAGGAGGACUUGACACAAGCUUGGUUCUUAGCAUGGAAGAUAAGAGAACGGCAGAGAUCCUUUUAAUUAUGGGAUCAAAAAACAAAACAGCCGCUUGGGUCAUGAUGCUAUGGCAACACAUGAAGUUACUUCAUGGUUUCUUACCUAAUUCUUUACAGAUGAACUGCACAGGGGUCACCACCGAAGAACGCUUCUCAGCUCACUGCUUUGGAAACGUGGCAAACCACUCUGUGGAGACACUCAUUCAUCCACAGGCCUCAGCCAGCAUCUCCGUCAGCCAUUCUGGAUGUGUCACAAACCUUAGUGCAGUUCUCCAUGCUGAGGGGGCACAGAAAGGCGCUCUCACUCUGUUCCUAACUUGCAAUCCUCAUCACAGUCUACAUGCAUCUGUUCUGCACUUUAUAAAUGCAGUAAAGACAUUGCGAUUUCCUACCAGCGGGGCCCCACCGCUGAAUGUCCCAGGUGGAUAUCUGCCUCAAGUGGAUUUCAGCCUGGAUCUGGGACAAUGUUAUCUCAGGGGAAAUGUGGGUAAAAUGACAUCUUCACAGACAGAAGCUGUGCAGCCUUCUAUCAUUGUGAACGUGACCAGCCACUGUCCUCUGCUUCAGGGGACGAUCCUCCCUCGGUCUCUGGCCCUUCAUGGCCUCCUGUCAGGUACUUUCUGCCAGGUGAUCGUGAAAUCCUCUCUGAGGACGGAUGACGAACAUGUGUCUUUAGAGCUAAUUCAGUCCUGCAUGACCCCACAUCUCUCGGGGACCUUCACUCAUUCAUUCCAUGGGCUGAAGAGUCAAGGUCUGCCGCAGAUUAUAAGUAUCGAGGCUACGGGUCCGAAAGGCUCUGACCAGGCAGGGGCUGUGAUUAUUAAAAUUGGAAGAUGUAAGAUUAGAGCCAGGAGAACCUCACAGGACAGAAGAAUGGCACACUGGCUUUGGGCCUUGGAUACAGACUGCCCCGUGUUACAGGCUCAUGUGAAUGGCUCAGUGUGGAAGCAUCCUGGAGGUAUGUGGACAGCUACGAUGGAGACUGAUCUGAAGGGCAGAAGAGCUUUCCUCAGGGUGGAUGCUAAACCCUGGCCAGAGCUGAGUGUGGAAGCUGUGCUGGAUCAUGACAGUCCUGCCCUCAGAGCUCUGCCUAAAAGCAGUAGACUGAGAUUAAGCAGUAGCUCUGGAGUACAUGAUGCAGAAGUACUCGUGCAAAUGGAGGAGUGCAGCCUCAGAGCCAGCGGGGGUGUGAUGUCACAGCCUGACCUGCAGGUGUCACUGCUCUACAACAACAACUGCACUAUGAUUCAGGAGUUGGGCAGUCCAAACAGCAUGCAGGCUUCAGGUUCGCUGCUCCUCUCGCCAGCUUCUGUUUAUUCUCACAUCUUCAUAGUGAAAGAUGGCAAAGAGUUACACACUGUGCUAACUGCAAGACUAACGGAGGAUCAAAAUGAAGCAUUUCUUAAUCUAAAGCAUUCCAUGCCCCUGCUGAGGAAACUGGGUCUGCCUGUGAAUGCUUCACUGACAAUAAAUUCUGAGAGUCACAACAAUGGUUCAUGUUCUUUUGCUUUUAACAGCAGUGCAGGAAAUCAAAAGUUUUCUCAAGAAUUUAAAAUGGAAAAGAAAUUUGAGAACGUGAGAGUGCAGAGUCAGUUGAAACAUACAGUGAAUUAUCUGAAAAACCUGGGAGUACCUAGAAGCUACAACUUCCAGGUAGAGCUUGGUUCUGCUGAAGGGAAGAUCGUAAGCCUACAGUCUCAGUGUGGAGAUCAGCAGGCAGGGCUCAGACUUCACCUGAAGAGUUUUCCUCUACUCAAGGAAAUGAGGGGAACCAUGUGGCACAACUCAUCAUGGCUUCAUCAUCAAGGACUGCCCCUGAAGAUAGAGGGCCUUGGUUCCGUUAAGGGAGCAUUGUCUCAGCUCCGGUCCAGGGCUCAGCUCAGUGUGGACGGACACAAGUUGCUCAUAUCUGGGCUGAAUGUCAGUGGGGCUGAUGGUCACCUGGCUGUGCUCCUUUCCUACUCUCCUACACCUCUCAACCAAACAAGAACACAACACAGGCUGGACAUUGUCCUAACUGUUCAGUUCAAAGGUCCUCUAAGAAGCACUUCAUUAGACAUUCACCCUAAGGACUGGAGGUUUCGGCUGGCAGUUGAGGCUGGGGGCUGGGGGAUACGUGGAGGAACCAAGGAGGCCAGGUUCACGUUGAGGCACACUGAACAUGGAAAAACUAGCCCUGCCUUCCAGGUGGAGGCCUGGGGAAGACAUACUGAGUCCCAGCUGAAGGGUUCUAUGGUUGUAAACCCUGAACUGAGCUCUUCAUUCGCACUUAUUGUCCAAGGACACAAUUCAACUCCUAGAAAGGAACUGAUGGUGAACGUGGUCCACAGCAUCCCCCAGAUGUUGGUCUACCUGCCCUCUCAGCUCAAUCUCCGGUCUCAGCUGAACCAAUCCCAGUCCAGUGUGGCAGCUUUGGUGGAAGUGUUGUCCGGCAGGAAGAAGCUGUGGGCUCAGGGGGAGCUGACAGUCAUAGAGAGUGGAUACCGGCAGACUGUUGAGGUCAAACACUCCUGCCCACAGCUGAAGCCGCUGCCCAGGACCAUAGCAGUUAGAACGGUGUACGAGGCCAGAACGUGGAGCUACCUCAUCCAGCAGGCUGCUGUGUGGGACAGUCACGAGUUCAGCUUGUCUGGUCUUUAUUCCAGUCCUCCAAGCCUGGAGCUGGGCAACCAGACACUGAUGGUUCGGAUCGGUGGCUUCCCUCGUUUGAGCAGUUUAGAGAUGGUGCAUGAGAGUUCUUUACUUGGCCGACUAGACAGCAUUUUACUGGGCUGGAAGAGACAAGGACAAGUAGAGCAGGUCCGAGCUCUCAGUUCAUGGAGUCUCUCUGAGGAGACAAACGAGACCAAGCUGGAGCUAAAACAUCCUUUCUCCUCCAUGCUGAGCCAGCUGUCCUUCCACAUACUGUCACACAGCUCACAGAGAAAGAGAAGCAGCAGGCACCGGACCCAUCUGUCCUGGAAUGGUGUGGUUCCAGUCAACAUCACUCUCAGCCUGAAUAAACUGAACUCCAAUGUGGGCAGGGCAUGUGUGCUGAUUUCAGCUCAGCGGAUGGCAGUGUCGUCUGGAAGGGGCUGUGUAUCAAUGAGUUAUGGAGGAAACCUGUAUUCACAGACUGCAGAUGUGACAUGGCACAACAAAAGUUUCAGACAAGGCAUGACCUACCAGAGAAGUCAUCAGGGAUUGCAUGGCCUUCAGGUGUAUGUUGAUUUGGACAGAGUGUCCCCUGCACCCUGCCAUUCUCACAUGCUCCUGGCCAAAGUUCAAACAAACCUUAGGGACCAUCUGGAGCACAGAGUGGAGCUAGGAGUUUGUCCUGAACAGCCUACUUUGUGGUGGUCCGGAUCUCACAGAGUGACCUCAGGAGAGGAGCUGUUCUAUACUCAGUCUCACCUGUCAGUUCCGGGUCAGCUGCACCAGUCCAGUUUUACGCUCGCCCUUAUCAACUCUUCUACUGCUCAGGGAACCAACAUCUCUCUGCAUACUCAGUCGAUGGUGGGUAAUUGGAGCUUGGAGCUGGAGAGCAGUGCCCUGUCCUGGCCCCAUAGGUCAGGUCUCCAUGUUCAAGCCACACUGGACCACAGUCAAAAGAUUUGGCUCAAUGGAACGCUAGAGGGACACUGUCUUCGGACCACAGCAGGUUACAUGAAUGGUUCAGGCAUCUGUGAGGAUCUCAGUGCAGCAGUGUGUGCAGGAAAUAAUCACAACUUGAGGAUGGAUGUGCAGAGAAGAGAAGGCUGCAGAGAGUCUAAGACUCUGGGAAGUUUGUCACUUGAAAUAACCAAUCAGAGGCUGAUAAUGAGAGCGAGUGGCUGCUUGGAGAGAUUAACUGCAGCAGAGGAGCGAUUUCACUCUCUGAGCUCUCAGAUCCAGAAGGACCUUAUGGAGAGGAUAAAGACAUCACGGCAUCUACUUACAGAAACCAUAAAACAGUCUGCAGACAGUCUGCUGCCGCAGGAGUGGAGCUCUGUUCCUCUUCUUGUUUUGAAGCAGGCUGAGGCCCUGCUCGCCCAGGGAGACAGAGGUUUCUUGUCCCUAUGGCUCAGGAGCUCCCUGCGUCACACGUUGACCAGCAGCCUGCCCAACUUUCUGGGUCAGCUCCAACAAGCCUCGCUGUUGGGACAGCAGGAGCUCAGGAGGCCUCUGGCUACUCUGGCAGGUGUAUACCAGGAUGUGAAGGGCCAGAGGUUGGAGGCAGCAUGGAAGGAGGCUGUUGUGAUGUGGACUGAAAGACUGGUGGAUGUCCUUCCUGCAGAACUAGAGAACCCCCACCUGAGACCCCUGUCACUAGCAGGAGUCACAGCCCUCAGAGUUGCUCUGGAUGUGGCAGGCCAGCAAACCUACCACUGGGCUGAGACCAGACUGGCUAUGGCUCUGUCUGGAGUCAGGAAGAGGCUGGCUUCUUUGUAUAAAUUCAUCCCCAGAGAAUGCGUAGUCACUGUGUCAGUUCCACUGCUAAAUCUCAACUUCUCAAGGGCUGCUGAACAUGGGCUGUUGGAAAUCAUGCUGGAGGAGUGGCUCCUGAGGCCCCUGCAGGCCCUCGCCUCUAUCAGACCUACUGCUGAGCUUUAUCGCUUAAAGAGGAAAAACAUGGACAGCCCAUUCAGACAUGAAGCUCUGCUGGUGGCAGAUCAGUUUGUGGUGACCUUUGAUGGUCACGUGUAUGAGCUUCCUGGUUCGUGUCUGCUGCUCCUUGCCCAGGACAUCAGCAGUAACCCUUCGUUUACGCUGCUGCUCAAUACAGACUUGCAGAGCUCCCUGGUGAUACGUAUGAACAACAGUACCAUCAACAUUCAGCGCACUGGACAGGUGAAAGUCAACUGCAAGAACGUUGUCACACACGGAUAUUACAGUGAUCAUGGACUGAGUGUGACAAAAGGGUCAAAUAAUAUACAGGUGUCCAAUCAAGAUGGACAAUCAGUGUCAUGUGAUUUGCUGCUUGAGUUGUGCAGCUUCACCCUGGAUGGAUGGUUACAUGGUGCAUCCACUGGACUUAUGGGGACUAACAAUAAUGAUGCAGGCAAUGAUUUUCCUUUGCGUGAUGGAUCUCAGGCUAAGACACUGGAAGAAUUUUUCCAUAGUUGGGAGCUGAAGCCAGAAUGCAGUAAAUCCACAGAAACCGAAGAGCAAUUUUCCAUAGCAGCCAUGAGCCCAGCGAGUUGCGGUUCUCUGUUCUCUUCCCCUGAUUCUCCUCUGAGUUCCUGUUUCAGAGUGGUGGAUCCUGCUCAGUUCCUGUCUGUGUGUGAGCUGAGCUCCUCCAAAGCGCCCUGCAGAUUAGCGGCAGCAUUUGUUCAUCUCUGCCAGCAGAACUACAUACCAUUGGAGAUCCCGGGCCAGUGUAUGAAGGUCUGAAGGACAGACAAGCUGGUGAAGAAAUAUAAGCAGUUAACUGCUGCUCACUGUUGUUUAGAAUAAUGCAUCUGUACACCAUUGUCUUUAAUUAAAUAUAAAUUUUUAAUGUGCUAUUGUAUUUCCUAAUGUUCUCUUAACUGAGAUUAUAUGAUAUAGACAAUGUAACAACAUGAAAUAAAAUCAUUUUGCCUUUUUUAA